CUGAGCUGAUUUACUGGCGAUCAUCGAUUGUAGCCUAAUAUAUAGGUUGCCGCAGUCAUUGUUUAGGCAGCGGUAAGCAAGGAUCACUUCUACCAUGUUACUCUUUCAUCUGCUAUUGUUGGUGGUGAGCACCUGCUGGUCGGUUUCCGGACAGGGUGGCAUCCCGACGGUGCCGUGCUACGGUCAGGAUUGUUCUGUGACGCAAUCGACAACAGAAUCAACAACAGAAUUGACAUCUGAAUCGACAACCGAGUCCACAACGCCAACGUCAACAACCAUCACUCCACCACCUGGGACCAAACAACGAACGGUCGUGUUCAUCUACAAAGUUACUCAAGUUGGACAGGACUUGUUCAUCCGCGGUGGAAUCGACGAUACCAUAGUUCGUCCUAUUUGCCAGGAUGACGAGGAUGCCGAAAGCUCAACAUGCGCAAUUUCCAUCCAGACCAAUUCUUUGGGCGUUGGUGCACCCUGGGCUGGUUACGACGCCUGGAGAGUGGGUGACACCAAACUGGACUGGUUUGGGGUUCAGGCCGGACAGGGUACUUACAUGGGUAAUCCAGCUUUCGGGACGCCUUUGGCCUGGACCACUAAUACUCCGGGCAAACCUGAAUACCAGCCAUUAAACAAGUGGGGAGACGCCAACUGGAUGGUGGAUUUCGACAUGGAUUGCUCAGAGACUGAAAACGGAUGGUUCGACCUCAAAGCUUUUCUCACCAAUUACGCGUCUGGAUGGGAGGCUGACAUCACGCAAUCGCCUUGCACCGGCACGGGAGCUGACGUCCAGCCGCCUUAUUCCGGUACCAAAAACCACAUGGCCCGUUGCGGUUACAUCAACAGAUUCAGUUUCGGCACCGGUGGCUGUGAGAUCAAUGCCUUUUAAACCAAUGGUUACGUUUUCUCCUCUUCUUUUGCUACGCCAAUAGCUGCUGUCAAAAUACACUUAUAGGGCACUUGAAA